UCUUUCAAGAUAUUUUUUGAGCAUUCCAAUUUAUAUGCUUACUUUGGAUUGUGCCCCCUCCACCUGUGGUCCGGGAGAGGGUUUAAAUAUCAUGAAUUGUACUAGAGAUCAUGUGAUUUUUUAUGAUUUUAAUAAUCAACAAAAUAAAUUUUCGAUUUUUCUUUUGUCUAUUAAAGGACUUGUGCAUUGACAAUGGCACAACUGUGUGACUCAAGAACGACUUUGUCAAUUUUKCAAGGUGUAUGUUGUUCAUCUUUGUGGUACAGGGUACCAAAAGAUGCCCCAGCAAGCAUUGACUUAGGGACAUACAUGUUCCACCAGGCAGAUAAUUACAAAGGAACGAAUACUAGAAAAGUCGCAACUUUGUACCCUGCAUGGCAAAGCUGCRGUACUUUCAUAAUAAACAAAGAACUGCAAUUCAGUCCAGCUACAAAGACAAGCCUUCCAGAGAACGAACGUUAUGUCCUUCAUCGAAGUGCAGGCCGUUCUAAAGGAAGAGGUUGUGAUGAAAUUGUUUCCAACAUAGUAAUGCCAUUAGGUGCACAUGGUCUAAAAGAGCUGCUCCAAUGUAUGAAGGACCUGCUGACAAGUAACUUCCCUGCAGCAUGUCUUGCCUUGGGGGGGCACGGUCAUGAGCCUUGGAUACCAAAGAAUCGUCCAAGUAGUAGGCUCAUGUCCUGUAGUCUUACUUACAGGGGACACAGAAACAUCUAAAAUCACUGUUUUAAGGGCAUGCAUGUCCAUAACAGGAAAUGCAGACAUUAAAGGUAAUUUUUUUAUYCUUUAGAAUCAAUACAUGGACUAUUACAAAGACCCAACAGAUGUGGGGGUAGGGGUAUGGAUAAUUUCUGGAAUUACACACUAUCAGGGAUUGGCUGUAGGAUGCCAGCCAGUCAGCAGCA